AUGAGCGAGGACCCCGAGAUCAUUGUUUGGACCGAGCUCGACGUUCCUCAGGAUGAAGAGCUCGACCCGGCCCUAUGGACCAGCUAUUUUGAGCCCAUGAUUCAGGCACCGGGCUACGAGGAUUCGGCAUGGGCAAGAGUCAAACAACGGCCGAAUACAAUUCUGCUGGUUACCUUAUGGCAGUCUACCUCUGCACUGAGAGAAUUCACCGCCUCCCCCUCGGCCCAGCUCUACCGCGAGAGUCUCGCGGCGAGAGCAAUCGUCCCUAAGGCCUACCAUGAGGUGGUGAUCUAUGGUAUUUUGAAUUGGUUUGGCGCACUUUCUCGGUCGUACGUCCAAUUAUUCUGGGUGUAUUUCCCUGCUCCUGUCACGGACGACCAGCGGGACCGUGUUUCCAAAUUGCCGGGAAUCUGCCCACCAGCGAUGGGCCCUGGAGUGCCCCGGAGUCAAUUACCGCAGACGCGUCUCCCCCAGCAGUUGUGGGCCACCCCGACCGAUUGGCGACACGGUCAGGAAGUACAGCUGAUGCUCUGGCCGCAUUUCUGGCAGAAUGAAGAGAAAGCUGGGUUUCGGCACACUUCCACGUCAAUUGUCGUGGACCACCGCAUUGUGGGCACUAGAACUAGAAUGGAGGAAUUCAGCGCCAGGUUAGAAGCCGUGGCUCCGGUAGAAUGGAAAGAGGAAUUUUGUCAGUUUAGGCCAUUAUCUGAUAUCUGA